AUGGUAUGGGGAUGGCUGCUAUUGCCGCUGUUGUUCAAUUUUAUUGGGAAGGCUAGUGCUGCUGGUCAGCGUGUAUGCCCUGUGCCGGAUGAAAGAGCGUGCUUCACCGAUGAGCUCACGCCGUUCCUACAAGACGAUAUGUUCUCUACGGAAAUGCUUCUCCCGAGGACCGAGUCAACUGAAUUUAUUGAACUAUCUUCUUCAAUACCGACGCCUAUUAAGCUCAAUCUACCGACUACGAUACAUAGCGUAGCGGUUCGGAUGAAGAAUUCAUCUCGUCCGGCUGCAAUUGACACGAAUGAUAGAAAUGAGACCAACGGAACAUUCAUAUCUUUCGAUCAAUGGAGGGAAGCAAAGCUGAAGGAGGAAAAUAUCGAAGUUCGGGCUUCUAGCUCGUGGGAGGCUGCUGAGGGCGAUGCAAUCGGGGAUGGAAUGGAAGUCGAAUUGGGAUUUCUGUCGAGCGCGGAAGAUAACGACUCGGCCCAGAUAGGAACACAAGCUGGGAAGCACAGAUUCAACUUCGCAUCUCUAGAUUGUGCUGCGACGAUUGUCAAAACGAAUAUUGAAGCAUCCGGUGCCUCGUCAAUUUUGAUUGAUAACAAGGACAAGUAUCUGCUCAAUCCCUGCUUUGUUCCCAAUAAAUUUGUCGUGAUUGAGUUAUGCCAAGAUAUACUGGUUGAAGAGGUUGCUAUCGCUAAUUUUGAGUUUUUCUCUUCCACCUUCAAGAGAGUAAGAUUCUCUGUUUCUGACAGGUUCCCAGUUGCUAAAAAUGGUUGGAUAGUCUUGAGCGAGGUUGAGGCAGAGAACACGCGGAACUUGCAAACGUUUCCAAUCCCUAACCCUCAAAUAUGGGCCAGAUUCCUACUGAUUGAGAUUUUGUCUCAUCACGAUAAUGAAUACUACUGCCCGAUUUCACUUGUGCAAGUUCAUGGGAAAACAAUGAUGGAUGAAUUCAAGAUGGAUAAUUCUAGACCAUCAGGACAAAAACCGAUUAAGGAAGAAGCAAUUCAGAUACAAGGUAAUCCAGAGUCCGAAGCUGCAGAGGAAUGCAGCCUCUGGCCCUCAAUCGAUUUCGACCAUAUAAUGGUUCCAUCGAAAUCGAGUGACGCUCUUAAGAACUGCACAUGCAGACUAGCGCCUCUCAAAUUCGAAGAGUUUCUGCGAGAUCUGAAUGACACGUAUUGUCCAGCACCUAUCAAGGAUGCAAUCCACGCACCUGCGUCAUCCACUCCGUCUGCUACCACCGAAGAGUCCAUUUUCAAGAACAUUGUGAAACGAUUGACUUCGCUGGAGUCUAAUGCCACCCUCUCGAUCCUUUACAUGGAGGAGCAAGGUAAAUUACUUUCGAGUUCUUUCAAUAAUUUGGAGAAGGCCCAAAUUGCCAAGUUCGAUGGUCUUGUAUCCAUGUUUAACGAUACGAUGAUGGACAAUUUGAGAGCCUUGCGGAAUUUCGCAAACCAGUUGAAGGACCAAUCGAUCAAGAUUCUCGAGGAACAAAAAUUGAACAAUGAUGAGUUCACGACACACACUUCGCAGAGACUUGAAGUUUUGGAGCAAAAAUUGAAAGGUCAAAGAAAUCUGGCGUAUGCUGCAAACUGCGCGGUUGUGUUCGCCCUAUUUUAUCUUUUCCUGAGUCGCGAGUUCAAAUAUGACACCAAGUUUGAUAAUGCUGUUGAGAGGCAAAUAUCAGAGAGUUUUGAGAGACCAUUGCCAAACGAAACUCCCAAUCUAGAAAGCGCUUCAAGCCUGCCGGUUUCACCGGUGUCAUUAUCGGGAUCUUCGAUAACAUCUAAAUGA